AUGUCGGUCGUUCAGCCAACUGAGACGACGCUGGUGGAGGAAACUCGCACAGAACACCAGAACACGAGGGACUUCGGUUUCAUACCCAUCCCAAAGCGAUUGCGAUAUGACCCUAAACGACCAUUUCAUUUUGGGAUCGCGUUACAGGUGGUAUUUGGGUUCACCAGUACCUUUAUUGUCGCCAAUUUGUAUUACUGUCAGCCGAUUCUCAUUGACCUUGCCCAGUCUUUCGAGGUGUCAUACUCAAGAAUCUCAGAGAUUCCUAUUCUCGUUCAAGCAGGUUACGCUACGGGGCUUCUUUUUAUUUCUCCUCUCGGUGACCUCGUACGGCGACGGCAGCUGAUUCUAAUCUUGGUCAUUUUAUCAACCAGCCUCACCAUUGGUCUUGCUGUGACCACUCAGGUCGAAGUAUUCAUCGCGCUAUCGUUCCUUAUCGGUGUGGCCAGUGUUGUAUCCCCACUCCUCAUAACACUAGCGGCCGAUCUAGCCCUACCCGAAAAACGAGCUUCCGCGAUCUCCAUCGUCUUCGCUGGACUACUUCUAGGUGUACUCAUCGCCCGCGUCAUGUCCGGGAUCAUCGCUCAAUACGUGACAUGGCGGGUAGUCUACUAUUUCGCGAUUGCCGUCCAAACCCUUGUACUUUUCGGCACCUAUCUCCUCCUUCCAGACUUUCCGGCAAAGAACAAACACCUCACGUAUUGGGAAAUUCUAUUUUCGAUGGCCAAAUAUCUCGUCACGGAGCCGAUACUGGUUCAAGCCGUCCUCAUCAAUUUCGCUUCUUAUGGAUUGCUUUCCAGUUUCUGGGUCACUUUGACUUUUCUUCUAGGAGGGGAUCCGUACAACUAUUCGACUCUUGGUAUCGGCCUUUUCGGUUUGAUAGGGAUAUGCGGUGUCGCGAUGGGUCCUAUAAUCGGCCGACUGAUUGAUAAGCUGGUUCCAUGGUACUCCACUCUCGUCGGGACCAUCGGUGUCUUCGUCUUCGCAGCUGUCCAGCUCAUCGGUGGAGGGAUACACAUAUCUGCAGUGAUCCUUGCCAUUAUUGGUAUCGACUUGUUCCGGCAAACUGUCUCGACUUCCUUGUCGACGAAUCUUUUCAGUAUUGCGCCGGAAGCCCGGUCGCGAUUGAAUGCAGUGAACAUUGUCGGUCUUUUCUCUGGGCAAGUGAUGGGAUCCUCCGUCGGAACAAAAGUCUUCCUUGAACAUGGCUGGAGAGCUGGCGCUGGGCUGCAGCUUGCUUUGGCAGGAUGUGCAUUAUUUGUGUUGUUACUGAGAGGGCCCCAUUGCCGGCGACAUACUUGGUUCGGGUAUGAAGGCGGUUUGGAGUUUAGGAAGGGGGUUGUGGAUUCCAGAGGGGACGCUGAAGCAGGAGACUCAUCAGGCACGACAAAUCUGAAGAAUGCUGAUGAAGACGGGCUGCAACAGAAGGACGUCGAAGUUCAGGAUCGUCUCACAGCGGAAAAGGUAUAG